AUGAAAAACAUAUUAAAAUUCAGACCAAUUAAUUGCCGUACAGGUGAUAAAUUAUGUUUGCUAAAAAAAUUGGUACACACAAAAAAUGGGUUAUCACAAAUUCAUUGUAAAAAUAAUAAAAUAGGGAAUGGUAUAAUUAGCCAUCAAGAAUUAAAAAUUGGAUAUAUAAAAUUAAUAAAUAAUAUAAGAAAUCAAAAUAUAUGUACUGAAAAUAAAGUCAAAGAUGACAAUAAUUUAGCUAACCAUUCAAAUGAAACAAUAAAUAAUACCGAUACAAAAUUAAAUUAUAAUAUAGACAACGAUUUUGAUAGAGAAGAUAAUGAUAUAAAAUAUAAUGGCAAUCAAAACUCGAAUUUGUCUGAUACAAAUUUUGAAGGUAAUGAAUUUGAAAAUUAUAACAAAUUUAAUAGGUAUGAAAGAAAAAAUAAUAAGGAAGAUGGUGAAAAUGGAUUUAUUAAUAGUAGAAAUGAAAGAACAAAUUAUCAAAAAAAAAAUAAUUAUAAUUUAAAAAAUGAUUAUGAUAAUAAUACAGAUAAUAACAUGGAUGAUUAUAAUAAUAGUUAUACAAAAAGAGACGAUCAUAAUAAUUCGAGAUAUUCGAGAAAUUUAAACAAUUCAGAUAGGUACUCAAAAUUAGGAGAUAAUUUAAAAGAUAUAGAAUGGAAUAAAAUAAAAGUAAAAAUAGAAAGACAAAACUUAUUUAAUGUUAAUGAAAAUAAAUUAAAAAAAUUAUCAAAUGAAGAAAUACAAAAUGAGUUAAAAAAUAAUAAUAUAUAUGUAAAUAAAGAUUUAGCAUUAAAUAGUUUUAUAACCCAAUUUUCAGAUUUAGACUUUCAUGAAUCAAUAUUAAAUUAUUUAAAUGAAAAUUUUAAAGAACCAACAGCUAUUCAAAAAAUUACAUGGCCUAUUGCUUUGUCAGGAAAAGAUUUAAUAGGUGUUGCUGAAACAGGAAGUGGAAAAACACUAGCAUUUGUUUUACCAUGCCUUAUGCAUAUAUUAAAACAUAAACAAACGGAAAUGGAACAAAAUGGAGGUGAACAUAUCAAAAAUAAGGAAGAAAAAUUAUCUGAGAGUAAUAAUAAUGACAAUAGUUACGAUCCUGAUAUUGAGAAAGAAUUUCAAAAUGAAGAUAAUGAAGAUCGUAAAACAUAUGGAUUAAUUUUAUUACCAACACGAGAAUUGUGUAUGCAAGUAUUAAAUGAAAUUAAAAAAUUCGAGAAUGAAUUAGAUUUAAAAGCUGUUGCAGUAUAUGGUGGUGUACCAAAGUAUUUCCAAAUUAAUAGUAUAAAAAAAGGAGCUGAUAUAAUUGUUGCAACACCAGGAAGACUUCUUGAUUAUUUAGAAAAUGGAAUCAUAAAUUUAUUAAGAUGUAUCUAUGUAGUUAUUGAUGAAGCAGAUAGAUUACUUGAUAUGGGAUUUGAAAAACAAUUAAGAAAAAUAAUGACACAAAUUAAUAAAAAUAAACAAUUACUAUUUUUAACGGCAACAUGGCCUGAGCAAGUUAGAAAACUUGCAUAUGAUUUUUGUUCAUUUGAUCCAGUAAAAAUUCAAAUUGGAAAAAGUGAAUUAACAGCAAAUAAAAAUAUAGAACAACAAGUAAUAGUUAGUUCAUCAAUUGAUUUAAAAAAAAAAUUAUUAGAUUGGUUAAAAGAUAAUUAUGAAAAUAAUAAAAUUUUAAUCUUUUGUGAUACAAAAAGAAAUUGUGAUAAUUUAUGUAAAGAAUUACGAUACCAUCAAUAUAAUAGUUUAUCAAUACAUGGAGAUAAACAACAAAGAGAAAGAGAUAGAAUAUUAAACAAUUAUAAAAAUGAUAGAUGUAAUAUACUAGUAGCAACUGAUGUAGCAUCAAGGGGGUUAGAUAUUAAAAAUAUUUCGAUAGUUAUUAAUUAUGAUAUACCAAAUACUAUUGAAGAUUAUAUUCAUAGAAUUGGACGAACAGGUAGAGCAGGCAAUAAAGGGAAGUCCAUAUUAUUUUUCCCUUAUGAUUAUUAUGUUCCCCAAAAACAAAGAUUUGCAAAAGACUUAGUAAAAUUAUUAAAUAAAACAAAUCAGCAAGUUCCUAAAGAACUCAGAGAAAUUGUAAGCACACGAUGA